AUAAGGCCAUAUGCUUCCCACCUUUCCAGCAUUAAUUACACACUGCCUCCAGAUUGUAUGUAAUGUGGUGUAGUUGUGCAUUAAUUUUGAAUUGUGAAAUCCGAGUCUGCAGCUAUUUCAGAAGCAAUGAUCUCCUUAUACAAACCGAACAAGCAGCAAGGAUUCGAGCAAACAACAUUCCACAGCGGACCAUUGUGUGUUCCACAAAGGUGUUUGGACAUUCUUCUCAAAACGAAUGGGAAAAAUUUGUUUAUGACCAGGCUAUGUAUGAGAGUCCGUCGUAUUCGUUUUCCUGAUGAUGCCACCUGUCUAUAACCAUUGAUUAGUUCGCCUGCGGAAAAGCCUAUUCGCCUUUGUGGAAAAAGUAGACACUUGCGAUGAAUGCCGCACAGCUGGAUGAAACCAUCAGUAUCAAUUAGACGAACUAUGUUAGCUUUAAUCCGGCUUAUUGGCCUAUUGACUAACGAACUGUGAUGCUUUGUACAAUAGACUUUCUCCAUCUUGCUUCUCAGUCAGUUACAAGUGAAUGAAUACUGAAAGCCAGAGCUGCCAUUUAGAAGAAGCUCGAGUGUUAUGC